AUGAGUUUAAAGGUCUCGCAGAAACUGAGAAGAAAGUCAAAGUGGGCUCCGACGGUAGCGAAAACGCAGCCGGUAGAUUUGGGUCUCCUCGAGGUGGAUGAUGAGUUUGAGGAGUUCCCUGCUGAAGACUGGGCUGGUUUGGAUGAAGAUAAAGAUGCUCAUGUAUGAGAAGAUAACUGAAAUGAUGACAAUGUAGAGGACAAUCUCUCCAAUCAGUUACCAGCUGAACUAGAGAAACGAAGUUAUAAGAUGCAGACUUCAUAGCAUCCAGAAGAAGUAUUAAAGUGCCCUCAAUUUGAACUGUGUACUAAAUUAUACAACAAGUAUCCCAGAAUAGAAUGCUUUUAAAAAUGUUUAUUUGAUUAUUUAUUUGAAUUUUUUAUAACAAAAAUAAAUGUUUUGGUCUUAAGGGGGAAUGGAGGGCAGGAGGGGGACUAGUGGGGAGAGGAGUGUAAUAAUAACAAUAAAAAUAAUAGUUGUGUUAACCGCACAAGUGAUUUCAAGGAUGUUCAUAAUAAUUGAUAACUUUAAGUGCUAUUUUGUGAUAAGACACAAUACUGCAAGGUAUGUGAUCCAUGUUGUUGAUGAAGAUAAUGAAAUUUAGGUAAAAGAAAUUGCUUGAGGUCACACAGGUUGUAGGAAAGAGAAAUGAGAUUUGAAUGUAGGUCUAUGUAAUAUUGUAGUCUUAAGAUUUUAACCAUUAAAUGUUCUCUUCUGGUAUUUAACUGAUUUAUACUGUUAUUUUGGUUAGUUUUCUCUUGUUGGUGAGAAAAAAUGCCCGAUGCCCAAAAUUAAAGAAGGAAAGGUUUCUUGAGCUCACAGUUUGUGGAGGUUUCAGUCCUUAAUCAGCUAGCUCCCAGAGGGGCAACUAUUCAUGGCAGUGGAAGAUAGCAAAAGCAACAACAGCAAAAAAGGGAGAACAAGCCUCUUUUCCUCCCUUGUAUUGUAUGCAGGCUAACUGCUCUCUGGUGGUUAUAGCACUCACACCAGCUCUGUGUCCUCCUCUU